CGCCACAGCAGCUGCAGGAGGCACCAUGAUCAUCGUGAACAGGUGUUAAACGGCAUAGAGACAGUGACACAAUAAUAAUAUUAUAGAAUCGGAUGCGAGAGCGAGAGGCCUCGAGGCCUGGUGAGAGAAAGAUAGGGAUUUAGCGGAAACAAGUAAUAAUAUUGGUGGAAAAACGAGCGGUCCCCGGAGGCGAAUCGCGCACGGUUCGAUAAGAUCCGUGUAUUGUGCGUGCGAUCGAAUUAUUACCGUCGUCGAUAUUAUAUGCAUUUUCUGAAUUGCCCAUAAUACGGAAAUAACAACGCGAGUGAGUAUCCCGGAGAGUACAAAAUGCAGCACUUGAAACCGUCCACGAAAGGCGACCCGAUGUGUCCGCUCGGAUUCCAUCCGCAAGUCCGUUGGCCGACCAGAUGCAAACGGUGUUUCAGGUGAACAAACGCACACGCGCCAUCAUUAAUCGAGUUUUUUCCUUUUUCUUUUUGCUGUGUACAGGUACACUAACCUUCGGUAUUAUGGCCGGUUUUUUGUUUUUGAUUGAAAUUAAUUUUAAAAAAUAAAAUUCCACGAGGGCCUCUGUUUUGGCGCUGUCGUCUGACCCACUCAUCCGCUUUACAAUAUGCCGUCGGUCGAUAAUUACUUAUUAUAAAACUGUCGUUAUAAUAUAGGUACCUGCAGAUCGAAGAGUAAAACAAACAAAAAAAAUAAAUGUUUUUGGUUUUUUUGUUGCGCAUUGCAUAAAUAAAAUUAUUAUUAUGUCUCGGUUUUUAUCGAUGUUCUAAAAAAACAAACUAUUUAUACACCUGCAAAAUGUAACAAAAUUCGCUGGCAAAUACCGGUAUACCCGAUAUUUAUUAUCAACCAUUAAUCUGUACUACUUCCAUAAUAAUGCAACCAUCAGAUGUGACCUAUCUGUUAAUAUGUAGGUAUAUAAAUUCGUACAAUAAAAUGCAUUCAUACCACGAUAGGAUGUAUAUAUAUAUAUGUUUAGAAGGCCUUAUCCUACGGCUCUUAGGCCUAAACAAUUUUAAAUUAUCAUAAACGGUACUUAUACGGUAUUAUAAUAUUAUAUGCACAAUACGGGUAUAGUGUUACUUCCGGAAAGUUAACACUAUUAUUUUAGAAAAGUAUUACAUUUACGAAUUGGACGCGCAAAAAUAGGUGUUGCUCUAUUUGAAAGUUUGUCAUCGGUGUGUGUCUCUGUUCGUCCCAGUGGCGGAUCCAUGGGGGCUUUCCAUGGGAUCCAUGGGUUCAUCCCCUCCCUCCAAUAUACUUUUACCUUGAUUUUCAUCACAAAUGUGUUCUUCACAUGCAUUUUUAAAAUUACACACCCUUCCGUUAUUUUACACCCAUCAGUCUGUCUAAUAUACAAAAUAACCAGGGCCGGAUUAAGGAUUUCGCCACUCUAGGCUAUAAUUAAUUCGUCACAGAAUCUUAGAUCUUGAUAUUUUACUUCUAAAAUCAGUAGUGUUUUUAAUUUAAUAACCUAUAUUAAACGGGCUUUAAUUCUUUAGCAAAAUACAAAUAAUAUGCAUAAUUUCUGCUUAACUUAAUAUGAUAAUUUAAUAACUUAAAUUAUAUACCUAUAUGGAUACAAAAAAAAAAAAGAGCUGAAACUGGGGACGGGUGCAGCCACUGUUGUAAGUGGGAAGUUGGAAAGGUAGGAUACAUAAGGUUAUUUCAUUUAUAUCUGCAAGCAACGAUAGGUAAACUAUUGCUGACGAAAGACGAUUCCGAGCGCAGUUCGGUAAUACAUAAUUUGAAGGCCGUAUUUUUUUUUGCGAUUUUCAUUUAAAUUUGAUUUCAAAACGACUAUUACAAAAAAAAUUCAACAAAAAUAUGAUCUCUUGGCAUUUUUUAAUUGGAGCCAUAUUUAUGAUAAAAAACGUGGUAGGUACUUAUUUAAAAUAACGAAAUCGUGAAAAAAAAGGUGCUAUACUUAAAAAAACGGAGCAAGUUGUAUAGGAUAAAAGUGGUCUACAGUAUAAAAAAAAAAUAAAAUAAAGUAUCAUUGUAAAAAAAUGAAAAAAGGAAAAAAGUCGUCCUAUGAUUUUUGAUAUUUUACCACGCCUAGGUAGUCCAAUAUAAAUAUUAUUACCAAGUUUCAAGUCUCUACGUGUAUUUAUAAUCAAAUUACAGCAAAAAACUCCCAAAAAUUAAAAUUUCUUUAAAGCUCAAAAGUUUUGGCGAUGAUAUUGUAAAAAAGUAAAUCAAAAAGGCAACAAAAAAGGUGUUUUGUGAUUUUUUAAUUAAAUCAUUUUUUCUGGUAUAAAAUGUCGUCCUUGUUUUUAUAAAAUAAUGAAAUCGUGAAGUUGUACGUUUUCCUACUUAAGUGCUUUUAUUUAAAAUAUGGCGUCGAAAAUCAAAAAAUGACUUCUUUAAAGUACAAUUUAGACAACUUGAGCUUUAAGAAAAGUUGUUACAUCUAAAAAUCAGAACAAGUUUUCUAAGGAAAACCGUGUCCACAGAUUAGAAGAAAGAAAGAAAAAAAGAAGAAAUAAACAGCAUUGUAAAACCAAUAGCUCCCUUGCAACGUUUAGAAUCUAAAAACAGCAUAAUAAAAGUAUACAUUAUUAAAUCAACAAAAAUUAGUAACAGAAAUAGCCAAGAUAAGUUAACAGUUCAAAAAAUAUUAAUUUAAGGCAAUAUAAACAUUCUGUCUGAAAAUAUUACGCGACAUAGAAAAAAAAAUUAACAUAGUCCGUUUUAGUGUUUGUCAAAGACAGAACUCUGGGGAAAAUUGAGGUCGAAGUAUAAUUGUAUCUUUUAGUAUAAUCUCUUGAAGUGGGGAUAUUUAGUUUAAAGCAUAAAAGUUUUAUAAAUUUACACUGAAUAUUUUCAAUUAGAAUUGUUUGAGACAAAUAGUGAGGGGACCAGGCAAUUGGUCCAAUUUUGGAGGGUAAUACGGCGAAUUAACCAUUUACCAUAUGGUGAAUUGGCGUAUACCUGUACAAAUUGUAUAAAUAAAUACCCUCAUAUACCUAACCUAACCUUUUUUUUUUACAAAAAAUGUACGUACAGUCUAUACACAACAUGCAAUUAAUAGAUAAGCAAUCUACAUUCUGUAAAAAUUAUAUUAUAUGACAUUUAUCAAGUAUUUACAAGUAUUAAUUGUAAUAAAUAGGUUAAAUACAAUUAUUACCACGUAAUGGUUAAAAUUUGUUAUCUUUUAUGUGAUUUAAGUAUCAUGUUGUUGCUCAUUAAAAUUUUGCUUUUUGUUCUACCUAUGUAAAAAGGUUUCAAAGAGAAAAACUAAAUAUUUUUUUUAAAAUGUAAUAUUGUUUAAAUACAUUUUGUCAUUUUAUAAUUAGAGUUUUUAUAUUCGAUAAUAGAUUUCAUAUUAAAGUAUGUUAGUUUUAUGUCGGACGUUGGCAUGAAUUUAUAAUUUUACAAGUUCAAAUUUGACAGUAAAAAAAUUAGUUAAAAGUAAUUAUUAAAUUAAAUCUAACCUGUAAAAUAAUAUUUAUAGGUAAGUAUAUAAAUAAAAAGCUGGGCAACUUUGCUCGUGGAUGGCCUACUGUUGCAGGUGAGAAGUUUUGGUAAGGUAUUGUACAGUGGCGGUUUUGACAAAAUAUCAAGGGGGGGGGGCGAUUUUAAAUUUAUUGGGCCCCAUACCAUAAUGGCAUCUAUCAAAUAAAGGAUACAAUUUGUUCAGGGUCUUAUCAUAAAUUAUAGGAUACAUAACUGCACACAUCAUUUUUAUUUUAGAUUCUAAAUGAAGCGAGGAAGCUUAUGGUUUUACAACUAUUUUAUCUGUGAACAACUUUUCUACCAAUAGUUUUGCUCUGAUUUACAAUAAUAGCACUUUUUUUGAAAGAAAAUCCGACUGGGGAGGUUAGGUCAUUUUUCGAUUUUUUCAAGAGUUUUUCUAGCAAAUUUGAAAAAUGGGAAUAGCGUAAGAAAAAUGGAAAAUUGGUACAAUGCUAAACAAAUUUUUUAAAGAAAACAUAUAAUGUUUAUUUAAUUAUUUUACCAUAAUAUGACAUAAUAUAUAUUGUUGACAAAGCAUCACUAUUAACUGAAUUUCACUAAGAACUGUUUUUUUGUUAGUAAUGGUUUAUCGUUGUUUAUGAACAGAACAUACCUAAUAGUUAGGGAUUGUUCCCCUCCCUUAUAAAUGCCACUGUUGCAUGAAUAUGAUAUAAUAUAUACACUAACAGUCUGUCCUACCGUGUUCGACGGAUUUUUCUUGCGCUGUUAAUAUUAAAUUUUUUUUUUUUCAAUCGGUUUUUCUUUGAGAGGGACAUCGAUUAGGAGAAAAAUUAAAUUUGUAUUUUUAUCUUCUAAACACACACAAAAAAAAAAACUUUAUUUACUUUAAAAAAUUUUCAAAAUAGAUAUUUUGUAAAAAAUAUUAUUCAAAAAAUUUGAAUGUAUCACACAUUCAUAUCCGAUGAAUAAUUUCUUAGUUACAGUCGUUGUAAUUAGGCGUGAAAACAAUUAAUUUUCAAUCAAAUAUCAUGUUAUGCGAUAAGGAAUUACAAGCAGCACGGUAAUUUUCUAUCUUCUAUUGAAUAUUAAUUGUUUUCACCCUUAUUUUCUAGAAAUUAAAACAGCUAUAAUUAAGAAAUUAUUAAUCAGAUAUGAUGGAUGAUACAUUCAAAUUUUUAGAAUAAUAUUUUGUACAAAAUAUCUAUUUUGAAAAUUUUCCUAAGUGAAUAAGUAAAAAGUAAUUUUAUUUUUGUGUUUAGGGGAUGAAAAUACAAAUUUAAUUUUUCUCCAAAUCGAUGUCCCCCUUGAAGACAAACCUGUUGAAAAACAAAUCACAAACAAUUUAUUAUUAACAGCACUAGAAAAAUCCGUUGAACACUGUGGGACACACGGUAUAUAUCUAUAUACAGAGUGUUCCACGAAGCAUACCCAUUAUAAUAUCUCGAAAAAUACUUACUUUUUUCGGAAUUUUUUUUAAGAAAUGUUACGAAACAAAUACCUAGUUAAAAAAUUCUGCAUUAUCAUUUUUUUCACCCUUAUUUUUGGGGGUGAAACGACUACCUACUUUUGAUUUUCAAAUGGCAACUUUCUAGGUAUAUAAAUAUUGUAUCAUAGCAUAUAGCAUUCAAAUUACUUUUGUAGUUUUUGUUUAUAUUUUAAUUUUUAAAUUAGGAAGUUAAUAAUGUCACGUCGAAUAUUUUUUGUGUUAUAUCGUAAAAAAAUAUGUUAUUCAGUUGUCACUUUUAAAAUUUGCCACCGUAGGCUGAAGCCUACAGUCUAAUCGGUGAUGAAGUCCUGAAAACAACAGUUUUAUUCCGAUUUUGAUGAAACUUCGUAUACAUUUAACAUUUAAAACAAGAGGGAGAUCGCUGUCUACGAUUUUUCUCGAAAUUCAACCCCUAAGCGAAAAUUGAUUGUUUUUUGUUGAUUUAUGGGUUACCUUGGUGACACGGUACAAAAAAAUAAAAAUCUGUUAUUAUUUAAUUUGGUUGUCACAGCAACGAAGUUUCCUUUUUAAAAGAUAAAUUACCGGGCAACAACGAUAAACUGUGACAAAGGUAAGUGUGAACACAAGGAAACACGUUAUAUCAUAUGUUUUAUUGAUUUUUGUUUUUGAAAAGAUUGACCCGGGAUACAUUGGUACCGGGUAACUCAGUUUAAAAAUAUUAGGUAUCAAUAUUAUGACUAAGCAAAUCUUUGUAAAUAUAAAAAGUGGUUCGUAAAAAAAAUUCACUCUACAUAUUAUAUUACCGUCAUUUUUUUUUUGUUUUGACUUACAUAUACUUCUGGCUAAAAUAGUCAUGCUGUAUAUUUACUUAAAUUUUGUUUUUUUACUUCGGCUUAAUUCUACGCUUGUGAGGCCAGCCAUUUUCGUUCUCACCUUCCACGUAAAUCUGUCGCGAUUUCCUCGUCUAUAAUCCAUAUGACCUCAAAUAGUAUAUUUUUGGGGUCUAAGUUAUAUGUGAUAGUAUUAAUGAUGAGAUAUAUCACCAAACUAUUAGUAUAGGCACUUGUUAUAAAAAACAUAAAUAGUAUCAUCACGUACUACAGGCGCUAGAUAGCGAUAGAGGGUCGCAAAUAUCAAAUUAAAUGAAAUGAAAAAUAAUGUUUUAAUCAGAAAUUUUGGUACGAUCAACUCCAAGAUAGGUUUCUGGUUGCAAAUAUGAUUUUAUAGGCGUGUUUAGACUGUUAUUUUUUAAUUUUCCAAUAGUUUUUUCUUAAUAAUUCGGGAAACAAAAAUAUUUAAACAAUAAUGGUUUCGUUUUUAUAUUUUGUUGUAAUUCAGUUUGAAAUAAUCGUUAUUACCUGAUAUUUUCACCGAUGUGUAAUUACAAUAUUACCUAAUUCUUUCUAGACGUGGUAAAAUGUUCAAAACAUUCUGGAUAUUUUUUAGCUAUUUAUAUCGAUUUGAAACUCUAUUUGAGUUUUUUUGGAAGUCUUGUGUGAACAAAAUUGGUUUGAUUAACCGAAAACACCUGAAAAUUUGAUAUAAGAUUCAUCAUAAGUUGUUCUUAAUUACGGUCAUACAAAAUUGUCAAUAAUUCUUAAGUCACGAUAUUUUUUUUUAUAAGCUAAAAUUAAAUUAACUUAUUUUUGAACUUAAGAAAUUGAAAACAAUUAAAGGGAUGAAAAUCUUAAAAAUCAUGGCAAUUUGUUUAGGUAUCCUAGGUACUAUUUUCUGGUUAAUUUGAAUAAAAUUAUUUUGGUAAAGAAAAAAUGAUUGAAAAAAAACUUGAACAUUAUGUUUAAAUUAAUGACAUUAUAAAAAAAGAGCUGACUACUAGGGACGGGUGUGGUCACUGUUGUAGGUGGGUAGUUGGGAAGGUGGGAUACAUAAAGUUAUGUAUUGUAUACCUUUAACUUACGAUAAAUCAUUGAUAACGAAAAAAUGUUUUGGAGUGAAGUUACACGUGUUUUAAAAGGCCAUAAUGUAUACAAUUUUCAUCAAAAUUUGAUUUUAAAAAUCUUAUAAAGUUAUAAUAUGAACCACAGCACUUUGGUAUUUUAACCUUUUCUAGGUAAAUUUUUGAUUGGUAGGUAACUUAGAGAGACGCUUAUAAAGUGGAUAUAUACUAUACUGUACUUAUACCUAUAAUGUAAUGAUAGGUAAAUUUGAUUUAUAGAUAUUGUAUAAGUAUUUUUAAUAUUAUUGACCAAUAUUUACGACUUUAACGAGAAAUAAUUGUUGAUUGUUUUAUUAAAAUUAAAAGAUUUAUUUGAAUACUAAAUAGGUAUCUAGGUAUAUUAUAUCAAUUAGGUAACUACUUUUGAAUAUAUUGUAACUUAAAAGUAAUUAAAAUGGGUAGAAGAUAAUUUUGUGUAUUACCAUCACAAUAAAAGUACAAUACGAAAUAAAUGCCUAAACGAUCCACUGUAAUAGUUAUUCUUAUUUACAAUAUUAGAAUGUAAGAGGUACUGCGUGAUAGGUAGGUAGGUAGAUAGUAGGUACCAUUCAUAUUCAUAUUAAAUUACAACCUAACACAAAUUUAAAACUUAAUUAACUAGUAUAGGUAAUAGUAGUAUAGAUAUUUAGAUAAAUUUGGGUAGUCACUGUAAAUUUUUGGAAAUAUUAAGUAUUAGUAGUAUUUAACAUACUAUUAUUGAAGUUGAUCAAGUGAAAAAGUAAUUUUGAUUUAAAGUGUUCCAAAAAUAUGUGACCUUUUAUUGUAAAUUAGUCAAUCCAGCUUGACAAUUUUUUUUAAAUGUGUAACAUAGUUACAAAUUAUAAUUCAAAUUAUUUGAUAUUUAUUAUUUAUGUUUCCAGAGAUUAUAAAGAUCAUUCCAACAGAAAUAAAGAUAAUGGCGGGUCGUCACUCAGGAAAGAUGAUACCACACUAUCGACUCCUGUCUUAAAUAAUGAGUUUGUAAUCUUUGUAUUAGGUACUAAAAAGAAAAAUAUCAAAAUAUUUUAUUUAGGACAACAAGUGAAUCAACAGUUGGGAAAAAUACUUCGUUAGAUUUGGAAUCAAACAAUAAUCAAAAUUAUUGUAAAGUUAACAAAAGCUGUGGCCCUAGCCGAAAGACCACAUCAUGGACAUCAACUCCAGACUUAACAACUCUUUCAGAUAGUGUAACAUCUCAAGUUGAACAAUUAAAAGGCAACCAUACAAAAUCUAUUAUCCUUACACCAUCACACAUAGAAUAUGUUUUUAUUUAAGAAAUUAAAUUAAUUCUGUUUAUUUUUUUCUUUUAAAAUAUUUGUUUUCAAGUUAAAGAUAGAGCUAAGUGUUGCUUUAAACUUUACAACCAUUGGCGGUAUUAACUUAAAAUAGGUUUAUGUAAUAUACUAAAUAGUAAAAGUAUAUAAAAACAUAAUCUAUGUCAAUAAGUUUAUGUUAUUAACUUAUGUGAUGAUAUAAGAUGUUCUAUACACUUGUUUGCUAUCAUAUUUUUGUGAUUUUUUAAGAUUUUUUUUAGCAAAUUUUAAAUAUUAUGUUGUUCUAAAAUGCUAAAUUAUAGAUUAAAUAUGUAUUAGCCAAACAGUUUAUGAGCUCGAGUUUUAGAUAAAUGUUUAGAUAUAAUGAGUAUGAAUAGAUUAUAUAAAAUAAUGAUAAACACUAAAUGGUAGGUACCACAUGGUAUUAUUCUUAUAAUUACCUACUUUAACCAAGUUAAAUAUGCAUUUCUAUCUACAAAAUGUUUACCUAUAAAUAAAAUUAUUUACUAAGUAAAAUAUACUAAAAUUAUCAAACACAUAUUCCAUAUUACAAUAUAAAAUUAAAAUUAAAUAACUAGUAAAAAAACAUGUACAAAAGUAAAACCCAGUAAGAAAAAAAAAUAAAAUAUGAUUUUUAUUAGUCAGAAGUUAUUUCAAAUUUGACAAAAAGAAAUACAAUUACAAUCAUAGAAAUGUAUAAGAAUAAUUGUAUUUUAUUAAUAUAUAAGUAUAUUAUCUUUAGAUGACAAUGAGCAAAUUCCAAAAUAUACAGUUCGAAGAAAAACAAAUCUUUCGCGAACAGAUUCAUUGGAUGUGCCUAGUCCAAGAAACAGUUACAAUGGAGAUAUCGCCCAAAAUACACCGGUGCAUGUUAAUAUCAUCAUAACAAUGUUAAUAUUCACUUGGGAAGUUAGAAUUUCACAAGGGUUAUAGGUUUAAUUUGAUUCAUUUUAGAUUAAAUCAAUGUCAAAUGAUACAAAUUUAGAUGACGAUGAUGAAGACACCAUUAGUUUAGCUGAUUCUGAUACUACAACUGAUACUUAUGCUACUAUUAUAAAUGAAGAAGAUUUACAUGUGAGUACAGUUAUUAUAUAGGCAAGUAAUUAAUACAUACCUCCCUCCCAUGUUAUCUGCACAUAAUUUGAUUUACAAAAUGUUUGUUAAAAUCUAAUAAUUUGCAUAAUUAUAGGACCAAGUAAUACAUUUAAAAGCUGAAUUAAAAUUAAUGAAAUCAAAAUGUGAGAAAGCAGAACGAGAAAAGAGUGAUAUUUUACUUAGACGACUAGCAUCUUUGGAUACUACUCCAACCUCUCGUACAACAGCUUCUGAAGUAAAACAAAAUACAUAAAUACAUAAUACUCUGUAAACAAUUUUAAUUCCAAAUAUAUGUAGAUCUAGACCUUGAUUUAAUGGUUUAUUCAGAUUUUUCAAUACCUAUUUACCUUCAAAGUUCUAAAUAAAUAUCAUAAUGUUAUGAAAUUCACUACCUAUUUUAUUUUUUAAGAGAUUUUAUGUACUUUUUUUUAUUUUGAAAAAAAAAAAAAUAACCAUAUUUCUUACAAAUUAAAUAAGAGUAGCCAAAUUUGAUUUUGCCAUUAAAUUCAGUUGUUCUAAAAAUAGAUAUAUUUUGAAAAAAAAAAAAUCAUACAUAAUACACGGACAGAACUAAAUUUCUUUCAAUAUAAUACAAAUGCAUAUUAUUGUUUUUGAUUAGUUAUUGAAACACCAACAAAAAGUAAAUGAUUUGAAAUCAACUUGUGAAACUCUUGGUGAUGAAAAAAGAAUGCUUACACAACGUGUUCGUGAUUUAGAAGUUGAACUUGAUAAGUACAAGAAUAGCAAGAUAAAGUCAGAUGAUGUUCAACUAGUUUGCUCUAAACUAAUAGUUGCUGAAACUAAAAUUGAAGAGUUAACAGAAGAAAAUAAUGACUUAAAUAAAGAGAUAUGCAAUAUGGAGCAAGAGAUGAGAGAUAAUUUUCGGUAUAUGUAUAUUGCAUAGUUUAGUAUUUUACCUGUUUAUUUUUAAGCUUCUAGAUCUAUAAUAUGAAGUCUUUACCAUCAAAUAAUAUUUUAAACAUUUACAAUAAUUUUGUAAACAAUAUUGUUUUUUUUUUUUUUUUUUAUAUAAAUGUUUAACAAAAUUAAUAUUAACUUCCAUCUAUAAUAAAACUUAAAUAUUAUGUAAAUAGUCUAUUUCACCAUUUCAAAUUAGCAAAUAAUUUGAUAGAAGUACCUUUAUUUUAUAUUUAUUUAUUAUUGAGAAUAUUCUUUUUGAAUGAUUAAGUUUCUAAAUUAGUUACUAUGAGAGAUUGGGUUACAUAUAUAUAAUACAUAAUACAUAGGUAUUGAACUUUUUAAUAUUUUGUUUCAACAUGUAGUAAUUUAAAUGUAAUUAUUAAAUACUAAUAUUUAUAUGGAGUAUUUUGAAUUACUAAAUAUGAAAUUAAUUUUAGAGAAGAACAAGAUAAUGAAAUUAUUAUGCUCAGAAGAGAAUUUGACCAAGUUUCAAAAAAUUGCCGAAUUUUAGCAUUUAAAUUAAAAAAAGCUGAGAGGCGAAUGGAAGAAUUAGAUAAUGAAAAAAUAGAAAAUGACAAAAAAACUAAAGAGGUGUGAGAAAUAAAUUAUAACAAUAGUUAAUCUUUUAUAACUACUUAAUUUUUUUUUGUAUAGAUAAUAGAAAAAUUACAAAGUGAUUUGGAAAAAUCAAAAUCUAAUUUAUUACAGGGAGAACAGAAAAAACGACCAAUGUUGGGUAUGAUACCUAAAACAGCAUCUGGAGAAGUAUUUACUUUUAAUAUUUAUGUGUAACCAUAAACAAAAUAAAAAUACUGAUUUUAUUAAUUAUAAUAAAUUACAAUGUUUAGAGGGUUUCAAGAGAGUCUCUCACACGAGGUGAUUCUCAGGAAGAUCCAGUUCAACUUCAGAGAGAUUUACAAGAUUCGAUAGAACGCGAAGCUGAUAUGCGGGAGCAAUUAAGGUUUACUGAAGAAGAAGUAAGAGUUAAUAAUUGUUAUUUUUUAUACAAUUAAAUACAUAAAAAAAAAAUUAUAGGCUAAAAUAUUGAGGAAUAAAGUGAGUCGUUUAGAAGAAGAUAAUGAAUCAAUGGUGUUACAACUUAAGAAAAUGGCUACAAAAACAAGUAUUAUUUUUAAUUUAAAUGCUAUUUUCUUUCAAUUAAAAUAAUUUGCUUUUAAGGUUAUCGUCCAACAAAUAUUACUGAAAGAGACGAAGGUAUAUCAGAUGUCGAGGAUGCAACAGAAUUAAAAUUGCUUCUAGAACUUAGUGAACAAGUAAAUUAAAUAAUAUUUCUUAAAACAUGUAUGGGUUUUAAACUUUUAGUAUGUGAUCAUUUGGUCAUAUAUAAUUGAUGUACAGUUAAAUUGUGGUGGGGUAAGACUUAAAUUUAAUGAAACUAUUUAUAUUAAAAACUGUGCCCUAAAAUAGACAAAAUCAAAUUUAUUAUUAAAUAUUGUAUUAAAUAGUUGAUAAUAAAAGUGUAAAAUAAAAAUGAUCUGUAAUAUGACUAAAUUUUUAUAUUAAUAAUAAAUGUGUAGUUUCAAAUUUAAUCCAGGAUCACUCAUGUGUUAGAUUUAUUCUGACAAUAUAUUAUUUAUAUAAUCUCAUCAAAAUAUGAAUUCAAAAAUAAGUUUUGUAUAAUUUAAUCUUAUCAAUAAUAGUGGUAUUAUAUGUCUCAUAAUCGUGUAGAUAAAGUAUUCGUGAUUAAUUAUUGUUCGAUAAAUAAUAGUUAUUCUUAAAAUAAGUUAUAUGUUAGAUUUUUUCUAACGGUGGGAGCUAUCGCAGGUUAAUGAAUAGAUAAAAGUUAAGAUACUUGUAUGUUUUAAAAUAUAUACAUAUUUUUAAUUACAGGAAAUUACAGUAUUAAAAAGAAAAGUUGAAGAAUUUGAAAAAGAAAAGGAUCAGUUAAAAGCUAAAGUUGUAGAAUAUCAAACAAAAUUAAUAUCAAAAAGUACCAAUAAACCAAUAUCAAAAAUUGUACAAACUAAGGUAAUAAUAUACUACCAGUUAAAAUAUAUAAUAUACAUAUAUAUUUUAUAUUUUUAUUAACAGACAAAAGAAGUCAAAGCUGAUUUUGACAAGCAAACAAAAAAUAUUAAGCAGUUUGAAGCUAAGAUUAUAGAUCUUGAAAGCCAACUAAAGGUAAACUACCUAUAUAAAAUUAAUAAUAUUUAUUACUAAGACAAUGUUUUUUCAUAUUUAAAUAUGUGUUUAUUAUAAUUCUAAACUAAAUUUAUGAUAUAUCUAAUAAUAUGCAUAAUCAUACUGCAUACUUAACACAUGUUUUUUCUAUUAUUUCUAAACAAUUAUAAAGAGUGAAAGACAGCAGAUCGACAACUUAAAAUUAUUACAUAAAAAAGAAAUCACAAAUAAAGAAGAAUGCAUAAAUAAAUUACAAGAAAAAUCUAAUACAGAAAAUAAAAAAAUUAUGGACAUUCAAAACGAGUUUGAAAAAAAAAUUGAAAGUAUGCGUAAUUAAUAAGUUUGUAUUUAAAAAUAUAAUAUUUGAACUGGUUUAAUGGUUAAAAAGGAAUAGAAAAUGAAUUACUAUCAGAACGAAAAAAUUAUAAAGACAUUUUAAAUAAAUAUGAGAUUUUGCAAAAAGAACAUAUUGAUGCUAAAAGUAAAUUGACAGCAGAAAAAGACAAAUUACAAAGGUAUAAGAUUAUUUUUAAUAUUGUUGUCAUCUACUUGUUAUGUAAUACAACAUACAUUUCCUAUUUAAUAUUCAAUUUAAUUACCUUUAUUUACCUUUAGUUCAUAUUAUUUUUCAGUUUACUUGAAGUUAAAAAGAAAGAUAUAUUAAAAGUUGAACUUGAGUUAAAAACAUUGAACGAUAAAUAUAAUAGCUCUAUUGAUGCAUGGACUAAAGACAAAUUAGAAAUGCAGGUAUAUUGGAAAUAAAGAUUUAUUAUAUGAAAAUAUUUGUUUUUGAUAUUUUUGUGUUAUAGAAAACAUUAAAGAAUCUUGAAAUAGCGCAUUCCAAUGAUGCAUGGAUAAAAGAGAAAGAAAAUAUGAAAAGAAAUCUGGAUGAAAAUGUAAAAGAAAUUAAAACUUUAAAUAAACAGUGCUGUCAAUAUGUAGAACAAAUGGAAAAACUUAAGAAGGAUGUAAGUAACAUUAUCAGUUAUAAUAUAAGUUAUUUGAUUUAAAUAAUAUAUUUUGUAAUUAGAAUGAUAGUUUACAACGGAAUUUAGACGAUUUUGAGAAGGUUGUGAAAGUCCAACAUAGUAGAUCAGUGGAGACAGGAAUACUGGAAAAAAACUUAAAAGAUAUGAAAAUAAAGUAGGUUUUAACAAAAAUGUAAUAUAUAUUAUCAGUUCUAAAAAAAUUGUAUUUUAUUUUUAAAGAUUAUACAAUGAAGAACAAGCUAGAAAAACUGAUUUAAAUGAUUUAAAAAUACGCUAUGAUAAUCGUAUUUCAGUUCUUUCGGAAGAAUUGAAAAAUAGCCAAUUUCAGACUCUUAGAUUUAAAAGAGAACGUGAUUCGUACAAGCAAAUGUUGGAUUCUGCAGAUUCAACUACCAAAAAAGGAAACCAUAAUAAUGUUUUCAAUAAUGAUAAUCAAGUAAGGAAUGAUAUAUAGGUAUAAUGGGCAGUGGCGUGAUUUUAUGCCAAGUGUUAGAAAGUCAUGUGCCAUAUUGAUCAUAAAUCAUUAAAUAAAGUGUCCUAAAAACUAAAAAUCAUAUAUUACAAAUUAUGUUAUUAAGUAUAGGUACCAUAAUCAAUAUUUGUGAGGGGAGAUUCUUGUUGAUUCCACAAAAACAUUUUUAUUUGACCUAGUGUCAAAAAAUUUCUUUUAAUAGUUCUAACUGUAAUAGAUAUUCUACAAUAUUUUCAAUAGACCAUGUGUACCUAGUUGAAAAUUUAUUUUUGAUAGAUUUUUUAGUUUCAAUAACAUUUUUUGGAACACUGUAAGACAAAUUUAAACAAAAUAGUUUCCUUUAACUAUGCUAUAAUUUCUAUAAUUGAUGGAUUAUAAUAAUCUUUAGUAAUAUGCAAAAAUAUUGUAAUUGAACAUGGAACUUCACUUUGGCCCCUAUAUACGUCACUGUGGAUUUAAUGUAAUAUAUAUAUUCAAUUUUUGUAAAUUAUAUUUAGAAAGAAGAAAUGCAUGCUUUACAACAACAAGUAUCUUGCAUGGAAGAACAACUUUCAGAAGCAAGACUUGAAUGUUCUAGGCUAAAAACAGAAUUGGUUUCAGAAAAAUCAGCAUGGGAAAUAACUAAAUCAGAAAUGACAUCAUCUAUUAAUAAAGUCAGUUUUAUUUGGGAAGUUUGCAUCAUAAAAAAUAACAGUUUUAAAUAUUUUAGUUGGAAGAGGAACGGUUGUUAAAUUCUGGGAGGUCUAAAUUAACAGGUUUGAAGGCCAGAAUGGAACUCGCAUGGCAAAAAGAGCGGGAAGAACAACAACGUCUUCUGCAGGAGACAUCUACAUUAGCCAGAGAUUUAAGGCAAACAUUAUAUGAGGUAAAUUAAAAAUGUGUAAUUUAAAUGUAUAAUUUAAAUUUGUGAGUGUAUAUCUUAAGGUUGAAAGAGAACGAGAUAAAGAUAGAUUAGAAUCCAAAAGACGAAUUGACCAGCUUACCAAAAACAUGGAGGUUGACCAACAAGAAAAUAGAAAAAAAACUAAUGAGGUUGGUUUCAAUUGUUUAAAUAAAUUUUAAAUUCAAAUUAUUAAAACAAUUUUAAUAUUAAAUAUAUUUUAUAUUUUUAAAAAAAUAUAUAUUAUUGAGGUUAAAAACAAAAUAAUGUUAUUUAGGUAAAACUUGACAAAUCUGUUCAUAUUUAUAUAACAAUAUUCAUAAUAUAAAAUAUGGCAAUAUUUAAUGAAUUUGUAUACAAUUUUAUAAUAUGAUUUUGUUCUAAUUUGUUCAUUGCAAAGAAUAUAAAUAGGUUUAGUGGAAUUGGCUAGUUUAAACAUUUAUUAUAUUUAUUAGAUGCAAUGUGAUCUUAUGGAUUUGCGAGAUGCUCAUGCUAAAUUAAGAACAAUAAAUGAAAAGUUAAGAAGAGAAAAAGACAAAAUAGAACAAGAAUGUGAAUCAUUAAGAUUGUGCAAUGUUCGUUUAAGAUCAGAUCCUCAGAUUGAGGUUAAAAUUAAUAACUUAUCACAGUUAAUAAAAAGUUUGACUGAAAUUUUUAAUGAAAAUUUUGAACUGUCAAAUAAAACCAUACAUUUGCUCAAUGCACCAACACCUCCGAUUAGAAGAAAAUCGUCAGUAUCUAGAGAAGCUUCACCAGAUUUAAAUACCAAUCAAAGUCUAAACAACAACAAUAAUGAACAAAUAAAACAAAUACUUAAUAAAGUUAAUGAAGUAACUAAAGAACUAGUUAUUAAUACAAAUCAACAAGACAUCAGAUCAAAACGUGCAGUAUUUGGAGUCAGGUAAAGCUGCAUGCUGUUGAAUAUAGUUAGUUAGGUAAUUUGGGUGAGUGAUUAAAUAAAAUUAUUUAUGUUUUCUGGUAGAUCUUCAUCAACUGAAAAUGAUUCUUUCGAAAAGCCUCCUAUAAGAGGUAGUUUAUAUAGAAAAAGUCUUUCACUAGAACAAAAUUUUGGAAAUGGUGAUCAAGUAAGUUUUAAUUAAGGUAGCAUUUAAAACAAUUAAUUAAGUUGUCUAUUUGAAAAUAAUAUUAGGAUAUAUGGAAAAGAGAUGAACGUAGUCAGUCAAGAAGUAGACUUAUAAAACAACCAAAUAGUUUUGACAGGUAAUAUUAUUUGAUGAAAGCUUUUUAUAAUAAAUGAUAAAUUAUUAUGAAAAUAGUUUUCAAAAUAAACUGAUACUAGAAUUAUUUAUAACUAUUCUAAUUAAGAAUAUUAUACAAAAUGCAUGAAAAAUGUUAAUAAACAUUUCUAUACUGAAGAUAUUAAAUUUAUUUCAAAAAAUUAUACAUUAUUGAUUAAUUUUUAGUCAACAAUCAAAUAGUUCUUCCAAAAGUGAUAUUGUAAGUGGAGAAAAAACUAAGAAGAAAGGACUUUUCGGAAAAUUGAAAAAGUUAACCAAAAGUUCAAAAAGCUUUGAUAAUGAUAGCGAUUUGGUAUGAAUAUAAAAUAGAACUGUUCACAUUUUACUUUUCUAUAUGUUUUAUUUGUUUUAGUCUUUUAAAAGCAGUUCUAGUAUUCACAACGUUGAUGUAUCUUCUAGCAAGGAAUCUAGGGGAAAAAUUACUGAUGUAUUUAAACCUUCCACAUUACCUAAGUAAUUAUAAAUAAUAAUAUAUAAGUUGAUAAGUACUUUACCUUAUUAUUUCAUGAUAAAAAUAUUUAGUUUAAAAAAGAAAGCCAUGUCUCCAUCAAUAUUUAGAAGAUCAGAAAGUACUAGGACAUCUCCAUCACCAUCAAUGCGAUCAGAUGAAUACGAAGAAAUUCUUUAGAUUAUGAUUCAAAAUAGUUCAACAACAUUAGCGAUUCAUCCUGAAUUGUAUGAAAGUGACAUUUUAUUUACUAUGUUAAAAUAUUAUUAUUUGAAGUAUUAUAUUAUUUAUAUGCGAUAUAUUUUAAUUUAUACAGUAGAAAUUAUUAUUUUUUUUUUAAUUUUCUUUGAAAAUAUAAAAAGUUUGAUUAUUUUACCUAAUAAGCUGUUAGCUAAAAAUUCAGUUUGUUGUGUGUAUGUCACUAAAUGUAGCAAAGACCAGCAGUAUGUGAUAAAUAUUAUAUUACAGUAUAAGAAAACUAUAUCUAUAUUGUGCCAAAUAUUUGUUUUUAUUUUCUACAAUAAGUACUGGUUUUUAAUAUUCAGCAUAUUAUUCAAUUAUUCAACUUGUUUGUAGUAUAAACAAACUGGAUAAUAAAGUUAAAAAUACAAAUUGUAAUAAGUAAUUUGAAUAUUAUUAUAAUUUUUUUUUUCAAAACUUUUAUACAAUUAAAAAAUAUUUAAAAUCCUUGACCGCCCAAUCAAUUUUUGCUUGAUGUUAUAUAAUUAAAGUAUAUAAGUAGAGUUGGGAAAUCGUCUUCUUUUGUUUUGUGAUGUUUAUAUUAUAUGUUCACAUUUGCAUAAUUUAAAUGUAAGUUUUAAGUUCAUAUUAUUAUUUAUUGCAUUGCAAUUUAUUAUUAUUUCUAAAUGUGUUUUUGCCAUUUAAAACAAAUUACUGAGAACAGAAUCUACAAGUGUAUAAUACCACUGUCUUGCUAUUUACUUAAUCAACGUUUCCCAAUUUUUAGCCAAAUAGAAAAAAUAAAAAAUAAAAAAAAUCAAUUAAUUUAGUCACAUACACAAUAUAUUAAUAUUUAUUAGAUUAUGAGUAAUAAGGUAAUUGAUUUUUACAACUGAUAAGAGGACACCUAUAAAUUAUACAUGACAAUAGUACUAAAUUGUAUUGCUAACAUAUUAUUUUAUAGUACAACAAAUAGUAUUUUCAAAUACUGUGCAUUAUAAUUUAGUACCAUAAAAACCGUGAGGUGAUCCUUUUCCAUACAUUUUCCAGUCAAUACCAGUAAUGGUAGGCUUAUCCGGUAAACUUUCAAGGCCCUAAUAAGUAAAUUUUUUAAUAACACGACUAUGAAAGUCAAAAUAAAAUAAAAUAUGUAUGUAUUACUUGUGCUUUGUAUGGAUCACCAGUUAAUUCCCAGUCUCUUGCAUAGAGUUGCUGAAUCCAAGGUUUACCAAUAUCACGUUUAUAAACCUAAAAAUAAUUUCAUUAUAUU